AUGGCUGAGCGCGAAUGGAAUGAGAAGAUUCUCCCGUCACUGAAGCUGUACCGUCAGAUACAUCACCAUUGCAUCGUUGAAAGACCAUUCAAGGUUCCUCGUGAAUCCCCUUGGCCUGAAGAAGCGUGGGGUAUUCGUCUUGGUAUGAUCGUCAACAGUAUUCGAAUGGGAAAAAAUUAUGUGCAGUUUGCUGCUCGAGACGAGGACACACUGCGGGAAAUAGGAUUCGCAUGGGAUCGUGAUGCGUCAACUUGGGAUGAGCGUAUCAUUCCAGCGCUGCAAACCUACGUUGCAGAGUUCAACUCCUGUCGGGUACCGCAGAAGUUUGUUGUACCUGCGUGUAAGCCUUGGCCCAAAGCUGCUUGGAACUUGGGCCUGGGGGGCCAAUUAUGCAAGAUGAAAUACCGGGGGGAUUAUUUUCGGUGCUUUGGGCGUGACGUCGACCGACUGAAAGAGUUGGGUUUUAGCUUCGAGCUGGGGCGUCAAGCAUGGGAGAAGCUGGUUGAGCCGUUGCUGGAUAUUUACGAGCCCUGCUUUGGUGACACGGACGUCCCACACGAUUUCGUGAUUCCGUCGGAGGCUCCAUGGCCGGAGAGGAUGUGGGGAGUUCAUCUGGGCGUGGUCGUGGCGCGUAACACGUAG